GUAGGACAUGUGAAUUGUUCUGGAUCGGAGUGGAGUGGAGUCUGGAGACCGUCGCGCGGACAGAACAGAGGAGAUGGCCGGACGACGCUGGACCACGGGUCUGCUGGCUCUGAUGGGCAUCCUGGCGACACCGACGAGCUGCGACACUGUCCCGUGGCAGGAGGAAAAGCUGAAACAUGAAGCGACCACACUGAGCUCCAGUGAACUGAGCAGUGUUGUAUCUCGCACCGAUCUGGACCGGAUGUGGCAGAAAGACCUGAAGCCCAUGCUUGUUGUCCGCUAUCCUGGUUCAACUGGAAGCCAACACGUUCAGCAGCAUAUUAAAUCAACUCUCGGCUCUAUGAAAGCAGGAUGGGAAGUGACAGAGGAUGCCUUCUAUGCUCAUACGCUUUAUGGCCAACUUCCCUUUACCAACAUAAUUGCCACUCUCAACCCUGCGGCCAAACGUCAGUUGGUUCUGGCCUGCCACUUUGACUCCAAAUACUACCCUUCACAGUGGGACGGGCGUGAGUUCCUUGGAGCAACGGAUUCUGCUGUUCCCUGCUCUAUGAUUUUGGAACUGGCAAGAGCCCAAGAUGAUGAACUAAAGACCCUGAAGGAUUCUGGGUCAGACUUGUCACUUCAGCUGCUCUUCUUUGACGGAGAGGAGGCUCUUUACCAGUGGACCUCUGAAGACUCUCUGUACGGCUCCCGUCAUUUAGCUCACAAAAUGGCAACAACAGCACAUCCACCGGAAGCCACCAACACCAGCCAGCUCGACGGCAUUGAUUUGUUUGUUCUACUGGAUUUGAUUGGAGGUCCCAAUCCUCGCUUCGGUAAUCACUUCUCCAGUACGACCCGAUGGCUUUCAAGACUACAAAAUAUUGAGCGUCGGCUGCAUGCGCUCGGUCACCUAGAGAAUCACCCUAACAAGGUUCAGUACUUCUGGCCUGGCCUGCAUGUGGGGCUCGUUCUGGAUGACCACAUCCCAUUUCUCAACCGAGGGGUCCGGAUUCUCCAUCUGAUUUCGAAUCCUUUUCCUGCGGUGUGGCACACCUUUGACGACAACGAGGAGAACCUGGAUCGAACCUCCAUCAGCAACCUCAACAAGAUCCUGCAGGUCUUUGUUCUUGAGUACCUCAACAAGAAAAGUCAGAACCCUAUCGCUGAAGGCUCCUAAUGUUCCCAAAAUGUGCCAUCAUUCGCAUGUGUCGUUUCUCAAGCACAGGAAACAAUGGUGCGUUUGACAUCUCAAUUCAGCCAGUUUCAACAUUUAAACAGUUUUUACCACACACUCAGUUUGUGUCACAUUUAGCAUUCAUCUGUCGAGAUUCUGUGAGUUCACUGCAGCUGGAGCUGCAUCAAGGAUCAGACUCGGUAUACAGGGUCCACUGUGUCCGAAACAGUGUUUUCUUUAUAUGCGCUGACAUUCGAAGCUCUAUUCAUGCCCCAGGACAUAAAUAUCUACAGAAUAAAGAUUGGUACUCAAUAUAUCUUCUUUUUUUGCUUGUUAUAUGAAUAAUAUAAUUUAUAGUAGCCUUAUACUUUGUAGUCUUUUUUGACUUCAAAUGUAAACUGUUUUAUGAAUCAACAAACAUGUUUUAUGAUGCUUGUGUGAUUCUGUAAGCUGCUGCUAUUGUCAUGUGAUCUUAAAGCUUUUAUUGUAACCUUAAACAUGUAUCCAUUUAAAUAGCUGUUCAUGGUGUGAAACAGCGAAUAAACAGUUUACGAAGCAAUGGUUAAAACCAA